GACUCAGCUGGUCGCUAUCGCCUAUCGGUUUCUUCUUUGAAGUUUUCUUCACUUUCACUUUCACUAACUCAACUCAUCACUCAUUCAUUCCGAUCCCUUACACUUUCACGUUCUCCAUCAUAAUACACACUCAUGGCAUCAGAAAAAACCAACGGAGAACAAGAGAUGCCGAAGAAGAAGAAGAACAGAAACGAGGAGGUGAAGCUGCACGACCUUCUUAACGACGUCGUUUCCCCAAUUCUGUUCCCCGAACCCACUAACUCUGCGCCCCUGCUCCACCGAAUCAAGACCUCACUCUCCCGCAACGCUCCACUCAUCCCCCAAGCUUCUAGAAACACCGCACGUGACACCCUCCUCUGGACACGUGCCGGCUCUCCCCUCCGCCCCCUACUCCUCAUCUCCGUUGGGACAAUUACUAUUCUUGCUUUGACAGGACUACUUGUAUUUACGCUUUUCUUUCUCUUUGCGACUAUAAAUGUUGUCAUUGUCUCCCUUCUUAUAUCUUUGGCAGCAGCUGCAGGAUGCUUGGCUCUUUUCUUUGCUUGCGUGACGGCUAUAUAUAUUGCAGCAUUGUUAGUAGCAAUAUUUGCUAUUUCCACGGUUAUAUUUUGGACCAUUGUGGCUAUUGCAAUUACUACAGCAUGGAUUGGAUUCUUUUACAUGGUGUGGUUGGUAACUAGAAAGAGCCUCGGAUUUGCCAAACAAUCGUUGAGCGUGACCAGCUCGGCGAUUUCAACUUACUCUGCUGCUUGGGGUACUCGCAACUUAAAACACGACUGAGAUCAAGUGCUGAAUUCAUAGAGUAGACGAUGCAGACAAAUCAUAAGUUGCAUUUGCAUGUUAUGGAAUGAAUGGCACAAGAAUCUUCUUCAGUGGACUAGUUGUGGUUCAUGUCUAUUCUCUUAGUCACGGUUUCUUCCCCCUUUUUUUCUGCUUUGGAUGCCUAUAUUCAUGUUUUUUAUGUACUUGUGAAGUGGCAGUGAGUAGUUUUGAUAAAAGCUGUAGUUAUGUUUUGUAUUGGGUUUCCAAUUCUGUGUUGGAAUCUUUGUCAGCCUAUGUUGUUACUCGGUAUUGUACAACUUGUAGCAGACAUGAGAAAUUGCAACUUUUUUUUUUGGGUAAAUGUUGUAAUUUUAGAAUAAGCUUGUGUGAAUACGUAUGCGAUGUUGAUAGAAGCUACUCAUUACAUAGAGAUAAAAGUGAAAUUAAAAACAUCUU